AUGAAAUAUACGGAUAAAGUGAUGAUUUCAAAAGAAGAUCAUUCAGAUGUAAAUUUUUUUGGUUUAAUUAUUGGAGGACGUGGUAAUACAUUUAAAAUGUUAGAAAAAGAAAAACUAAAUUUAAUAAAUGAAGCAGAAAAGAUUGUUACAAAUACAAUAAUAUGUACAAUUUUUAGUGGACCUGAUCAUUUAACAAUCGAUUGUAAAUUUCGUAAAAAACGAAAUAGUACUCAUACUGAAUUAAAUCCUGAUGGAUCACUUACAAUUAAUGGAAAUAGACAAAAACAACAAAAACUUUAUUGUGAAUAUCAAUCAUUAAUGAAUGAAUUAAUGGAUAACAAAAAAUACAAAUAG